CAGUGAUCGAGUGAGGACCAGUGCAAAGUUAACUACUGACACAAAGGGAGGACUUCACUGUGACGGUUGAAGCUAACUCACCAGAAAAAUGUCGGACAGACUGCUUGAAAUGGAAGAGUUCGCAACCAAAACAGGUCCUAAAGGAGUCAUCAAUGACUGGAGGAGGUUUAAGUUGGAAAGUAUGGACCAGGAAAACUUACCGCCUGCAAAAAAGGAACUGCUGAGACAAAUGUCAACCCCAGGCAAGCCAAAAGAAGACGGCAGAUCAGCCCUAAACCGCAAGAUGAGUGUCCAAGAGUACGAGUUGCUUAAGGAGGAGGAUGAGGGAUGUCUAAAGAAAUACAGGAAACGCUGCAUGCAGGAGAUGCAUGAUAAACUCAGCUUUGGGCCUCGGUUUGAAGGUGUGCAUGAGUUGGACAGUGGAGAGGCCUUUCUAGAAGUCAUCGAGAAGGAGCAUUACAGCACAGUGGUGGUGGUCCACAUCUAUAAGGUUGGAGUCAAAGGAUGUGAGGAGCUCAACAACUGCCUUGACUGCCUGGCACUUGAAUACCCCAGUGUAAAGUUCUGCAGGAUUGAUGCUGUCUCCUCCGGCGCAGCCGAGCGAUUCUCAGAUGAGGUUUUGCCUACACUGCUGGUGUACAAAGCUGGAGACCUACUAGGGAACUUCCUGGCCUGCACACAGCACCUCACCGGGGAGUUCUUCGCCACUGAUGUGGAAGCUUUCCUCAACAGCUAUGGCCUGCUGCCAGAGAAAGAGCUGGCUGGUGUGGAAGAUGAAGAGGAAAAUGAUGUAGAAUAAACACAGAGUUUGGCUGCUGAAGAAGAAAGAAAGGUUUUUGGAGGGUUGGAUGGAGAGCAACAAAAGACAAUAUGUUAUUGUUAAAGUUAUUCUUCUGGGCCAUGGCAAAUGAACAAGACAUCUUUAUUAGAUCAGUAUUGUUUGAGGAUUGUUAAAUAAUGUAACAUCCAGUUGGUGAAAGAACCCUGAUGUCCAAGAUACGGGUGCAAUCAAUCAUUUUGUAACUAUAGACACUUAUGCAUGCUGUAUUAACAUGUACAAAUGUAUUAAUUUAAGUACUUUUUUUGUAGCACUUUUUUGGUUUGAUCUGUACACAAGUUAUUUAUAUAUCCAGGGUUUGUACAAAGUGACAUCUUCAGAUGUGAUACAAUAUUUAAAACAUAUAUACUUGUAGUAUUUUGCCAAGAUUUCAAAAAUAACUUUGCAGGGCUAAAUAGGACAGGGAUUUUUAAGAGGCAAAGGCACUCUGAAUGUGAACAUGUCUUUGUGUUAACAUGUCUUCCAGGUGUAUAUUGUUUUCUGGAAUAAACAUGAAUAAAACUCUGAUUUACCAUCAUCAGUGAGGAGUUUGCACAUGAAUGUAUCUUACUUUAUUACUGUAUUAUAUACAUAUGAAAUAUGACU